AUGUCCAAAAAGAGCGAGUUGAAAGGUUUGAAAGUUGCUGGUAGUAUCAUUGUUUUAUUUGUCUUGGUUUGGUACCAUGCAUUGUUUCAAAUCGAUUUGAGAAAAGCAACAUGGUUUGAUAUUGUCGGUACAUUCUGUUGUCUGGAAUUUUUAUAUACGGGAUUAUUUAUAACCAGUCAUGAUGCUAUGCAUGGCACAGUUAGCACUCGCUAUCAUCGGUUGAACAAUGUCAUCGGCUAUAUCUGUUUUUCUGCUUAUGCUUGGUUUGAUUUUCGAUUUAUGCAUGAACAACAUUGGCGGCAUCAUAAGAACACAGGCGUUCCCAACGAAGAUCCUGACUUUCACAAUGGUCGAUCAAUCGGGUUCUUUUCAUGGUAUUUGAAUUUCAUGUUAAAAUAUAUGAGUGUACGACAGAUAAUAAAACUGAUCAUCUGGGUGGAAAUACUCAAGUCCGUACUUUCGGUUCCGAUAGAGAACAUGGUUGUGUAUAUGUUAUUAUGUGGACUAUGUAGUUCGGUACGUUUAUUCUAUUUCGGUACGUAUGUACCACAUAAGCCAACAGUAAUCAAUGGAAAGUUCGAACAAACCAUGCCAUGGGAAAAGUCGAAAUCGGCUAAUGUAAAUCGAUGGAUUAGCUUUUUAUGUUGCUAUCAUUUCGAUUAUCAUUGGGAACAUCAUCGAUGGCCAGCUGUACCAUGGUGGGAGUUAUGGGAAUACAAAGAAAUGAGAAUGAAGUCCGUUUCAUAG